AUGUCACGCUAUGGAGAUUAUACUCGUGAUCCCUGCCCAUGGGUAAUUUUAAACGACACAGGAGGCGCGUUUGCCAUGGGUGCUAUAGGUAGUGGUAUAUGGCACUUUGUAAAAGGUGCUAAAAAUUCUCCAAAGGGCGAGCGUAUAAUUGGUGCAAUUACGGCAGUUAAGGCUCGUGCGCCAGUAUUAGGUGGGAAUUUUGCAGUGUGGGGAGGUUUAUUUUCAACAUUUGAUUGUACAUUGAAAGGCAUAAGGCAAAAAGAAGAUCCAUGGAAUUUAAUCGCGAGUGGAUUCUUAACUGGUGGAGUUUUGGCAGCGAGAGGUGGUGUUGGUGCAUCAGCAAGAUCAGCAGCUUUUGGAGCUUUUGCAUUAGCAUUGAUUGAGGGUAUUUCAAUCGUUGCAUCCAAAUUUUUCGCACCAUCACCAAUGAUUCAG